ACCCUAAAAGACUCCCGCAGGUUGCAGGCAUUCUCUCUCACGAUUCUCUCUCUCACUGUCUCUCACGCCUCUCCCUGCGCACGAAGGGAAAAGCCUAGCGGGGUUUUCAUCCAAGCUCUCACGAAGGGUUUAGCUGUUCACGGAGAAGGUCGAGUCUCUCUCAUUCUCUCUCUCUCUCUCUCUCUCUCUCCCUGCUCACGAAGAGAGUCGCUAGGGCUCACGAUUUUUCCAUAGUUCGAGUACUCCUGGUUAUGGUGAUGUACAUCCCGUCAAUUACAGGGAAAUGAUAGUUGCAAUGCUUUUUCUACUUCUUAUCAUGUUUCUAAGGGCUUGUCUCUUUGCCUACCUAAUCUCAGUAUUCAUGGAAAGGUCAAAGACAGAGAUUUUUAGAGACAAUAUGUCAGAAGUGAUAGACUACUUGAAAAGAAACGACUACACCAGAGAGACCAUAGAUCAGAUUGAAGGUGAGUUGCUGAAGAAUGAGAGAAGUUACACUGAUGCAGCUCUUCUUCAAGAUAUCCCUAUUUAUUUGUGGGACAAGAUUGUACAAAAGAUAUGCGGGCCAUUUAUUGAAAACGAUUCUCUUUUUGAAGGAUGCUCCACAGCUUUGAUUAACCAGAUUGUGAUUAAGCUGCAUGAAGAAAUUCUUCUCCCAGGAGAAUAUUUUAUUGAAAGCGAAGUGUAGCAGAUCAGCUAUACUUUAAAUGUCACGGUGUGCUGGACUAUGUCGAGCAAAGAGAAAAUGGUACGGAGGAGAGAUGGUUGUGUGAUGAUAUAUCAUUUGGGCAUAUUUUCAGUCUCUGCAGUAUUCCUCAAUUGUAUACAAUCCAAGCCCGAGAUGAAUGCAGACUGCUAUGGAUUGAGAAAUCAACCUUCACAAAGAUCUUAAAGAUGUAUCCACAGUAUGAAAAGAAAAUUCUGAAGAACCUUCAAAAGGCUUAUGACACCUUCAUUGAAGCACCUCCUAUGAGUACUUCUGGGUCUUCUCCAGUGGAUGCCUUUACCUCUUUUCCUGGCAUUUUAGACACUCUUCCCACUAAGGGUCAAAUUUCCUUGGUUCCCAAGGACAUCAAUCUUCCAAAUUUGCCAAAGUGGAGCUAUGUGAAACAGGGCAAGGAGGUCUCCAUCACCAGGCCGUGUGAGCUCAUCAAAGAGAACUCACGUGGGUACGAUUAUGUACCUGCCUGCAAUUAUGAAGAAUUGGUGCAGAUGGUCGCCAAAUUGAAGAGUAUCAGAUCGGAGGGCGAUGCGAGUGCUAGUUCUCUGCCUGAUGUUUCUCCACCAAUCACAGCAGUCACGUCAGCCACUGGAGAACCAGUGUUCCAAGGGACCAAUGCCCCACCCUCUUCGGAGAUUGUGGAGGAGGGACAUACAGAGGAUCUACCACCCGGCAAAACUGCUACUAGUGCUAGCUAGCUCUUGGUCAGCAGUUCAGUUUCUCUCUACUCAUCUCUUCAUUUGUUCUUCUUUCUCCUUAUUCUUCUCUCUUAUGUAAGGCUGGUCUUCUCUAGGUACUUAUUUGUGCGCCAUGGUAUCUCCCUUGGUGUUGACUACCUUGCAACCUUGUCCACUCUAUAUAGAGAUUGUAAGAUAUUACUUGGUUUUGUUUAGACUUGUAGUGCUUCUAUUUUGUUGUUCUUUCUGUACCCAAAUGACUCAAGAACUAAUAGAACUUGUGUGGGUGUCAUAGUCUUUUUAGGAUGGAUUUGAUGUUUGAAAAAGAGUAAGAUAUGAGUAAGAGUAUAGAAUCUACAUUCGCAAAUACUUUAUUAUGUGAAUGUGAAUCGUGAAUUGUGCAUUGUGAAUUGUGAA